GCGUGUGCCGUUGUCGUGUUUACAUAUACAAGGUACCGCCUGCGAAAUAUAGUAGUGCUGCAUUGUUGUCAACCGAGACGAGUCAAUAAUACAACUUUUACUACUCGUUUACGUUUUCAACCCACGCUCACGAGCGCAUCAUCCGAGAUACGACUGUAUAUACUUGCCUGUAGCAACUGUACGUAGGCUAGAUUGAAACUUGCUGCGAUGAUGGCUUCAUUGAUAGCUGAAGAAAAGAAGAGGCACUCUUACAUCGAAGAUGAGGAGGACGCCCUUCUCAACGAGGCCAUUUGUUGCAGCAGAAAUCUAGAAAUUAAGACCGACGACGACGAAGACGAAAGCGAAGAUGCCAAAAAUGUCAACAGUCAUCAGCAGGCCACUAAUCUUUUACAGCCAAUCAAUCCAAAACCAACAAAUAUCCCUUGGUGCGAUAUGAACUCCUCAGAUUCUUCUCAGAAUGUAUCUGAUUCCUCCAAUGGAAAAAUUGAUUUAUCAUUGCCUGGUGGAAAAGUAGAGUUAAUUCCUGGUCUAAACAGUAGUGAUAUUGACUACGCCUUCAGAGUGAACUCUUCUAGGUCCAGUAGCGAGGAAACGGACCUGUUACAUAAUGGUAAAAAUUACAGAGAGCCUGUUACUAAAUCACAAAGUGCUUCUCCAGUUCGGAAAAGAUUGAGAAACAGGGACGUUUAUGAUGAAGAUGAAGCUGCAUAUUCAAGAAAUAGAAAAACCAGCACUUCUAGUUCAAGCACUGUAUCGAAUGGGCAAAAAAGAACAGAGUAUGAAAAAGAUCGUGCUGUUCUUGCUAGAAGACAAAAAGAUAUUGAUUAUGGAAAAAAUACUAUUGGCUAUGACAGAUAUAUUCGUGAAGUUCCAAAAGAACAACGAACCAAAGAACAUCCUCGUACACCUCCAAUGCAUAUAAAAUAUAGUAGAAGAGGAUGGGAUGGUAUGGUGAAGUUGUGGCGUAAGCAGUUGCAUAACUGGGAUCCUGUAGAAGAUAAGGUAGAAGAUAAUGUAAAGAUGAAAGGUGAUGUUGUAGAGGAAGAAGUAAAAGAUGAGAGCGUUAAAUCUUAGCUUGUAACGUUCAACUUAGUGGUUAUUAAAUCUAUAAGAUUAAACUAUUAUAUCUUUUUUUGGUAAUUUUUAUAGCAUGGAUAUAAUUCUAUGCAGUUUUUCUGUUUAGAUAUAAAGUAUUUAUUUUAUUCCACUUUAAGCUACGCUAUUUUUAUAAUUACACAAAAUUAUAGUUAAUAUCAUGAGAGGAUAUAAAUAAAAAAUUUUUCAAAUGA